AUGUCCACCGAAUCCCUCCCAAUAACCCCGGGAGCCUUUGCAGAAGCAGUCAAAGAGCUUCCGCUGGCAGUGCUCUACGCCAAAGUCUCGGAGCUCACCAAUUCUAUCACACAUCUGCACCGCUCCAACACCGAGCUGCGCGCAUUCUUGCUGGAAAGCUGCGACUCAGAGGAAGAAAAGAAGGAGCUGGAGACCUAUGUUAAAGAGAAUGAUGAUGUGGCAGUCUCCAUGAAUGAGCGGAUCUCGUUGCUCAAGACUGAGGUUGAGAAUCGCGGACAGCCGUGGAUUGAGCUCGAUCAGUUGAAGGUUGAUCCCAAUGCUCCGGUGACGAAUGGCAAUGGCAAUGGCAACGGACCUACCGGUGCGACUCAGGAUGCACCCGAAGGCGAAGGUGGAGAAGAAGGCGUCUACCUGUGA